AUGGCCGCUCUGCCUCCCGCCCUGCCCACCUGCAUCCUCCGCGGCCACGCCUCCCACGUCCACUGCCUGCACUUUGCCCGCCACAACGCCCAUCUGCUCUCGGGCGACGCCCACGGCUACGUCGUCUGCUGGCGCCUGGCCACCCAGCGCGCCGUCUACGUGUGGAAGGCCCAUGCCGGCCCCGUCCUGGCCAUUGCCCAAUGGGGUUACGACCGCAUUAUUACUCACGGCCGCGACAACUGCCUCCGGGUAUGGCAGCUCACCCCAGAUGCUCGCUCCACCCAUGCCCUCGCUCUCCCCGCCGACGCGGACAAGCUAGACGCCGCGCUGCCAUGGCUGCUGCACGCCCUUCCCGUCAACACGCUCAACUUCUGCGCCUUUGCCAUGUGCCCCCAGCCACGCCAAACCCGCUCGGACCCUGACCCUGCCCCCAUUCUCAUCGCAGUCCCGGGACGCGAUGACAAGCAGAUUGAGGUUUGGCAACUCCCACAUGAGCUGCUGCAAAUCGUCGUUCCUCGCGUCGAGGCCGUCGAAACAGGAAUGGUCAUGGCGCUAAAACUGGCCCGCCACCCACGCUCGCAGAAGCUGCUGCUCUUUGCUGGCUACGAGGCUGGCGUCACAGCAGCUUUCACACUACCGGCAAACCACACCCGCCCUAGUGUCGAUGCAGCCGAGCUGGUCUAUCUCAGCCAGCCGCACACGCAACCCAUCCUGUCCCUGGACGCCUCGCCCGAUGGCGAUUUCUACUUCACUUCGUCGGCAGAUGCCAGGGUCGCUAUGCACCGCCUGCCAGAUCUCACAUCUGACAUCAGCGACCUGCAUCCCUAUUCUCCCUCUUGUCAGGGCAACUCUGCAGAACAGGCUACACCUUCCGAUAAAGACCCAUGGCGGCCGACCGAUAACACUCCAACCAAGAGUCCUGGAGGUAGACCAUCAGAGGCAAUAAAAGUCGAUUCUCAAACUUCCGACUCGUCCGAACCUUGCCUUUCGUUUGCAAAGGUGCCUGCCAAGAAACCUCCCCACACACCUAAGCCCGGAGGGUUAGCCUCUCUGCUCUCUUCGUCCUAUACAUCGCUCCCCCGCACCAAGCCUGCCCAAUCCACCCGCCCGCUAGUGACGGUGCAGCCCCCGUACAAGACGAUUGACACCAAGCAUGCUGGCCAGCAGUCUCUCCGGGUCCGCUCGGAUGGCCGGCUCAUUGUCACUGCUGGCUGGGACGCCCGCAUCCGCAUCUACAGCAGCAAAACCCUCAAGGAAGUCGCCGUGCUAAAAUGGCACAAGGAAGGCGUGUAUGCAGUAGCAUUUGGCCAAAUAUUGACAGCAGAAGACCUAGCCAAGCAAGAGGAAGAAGCCUGCUUCAUGGCUGCCUUGAACGAGGCACAGAAACAAUCUACACGGGAUAGCGAGGCACACGAUUCAAGCGUGCAGCCCUUGGUGCACAAAUUGGAUACGCUGCUUAAAGUAGGUGGUCAUGACCCCACACAGGCAAUCAGGGAAGCAAAAUCAGAUGCAAGUUUCCAGCAGCUGCUCGGGCAGUACAAGCCAGAUGGACGUCUCCAAGGCCGUAUCAAGGAACGGGAAGACGAAACCAAGAUGAAGCAUUGGGUUGCUGCUGGGGCCAAGGAUGGCAAGGUCAGUUUGUGGGAGGUAUUUUAA